AUGGCACCUCAAGGCCAAUCCCACGUCGACUCAAGCGUGCCACCGAUGAAGCCAUACUUCGACAUCAAUGGCAUUCAAGACGAGUCAUCCGAGCUGAAAGAGAUCAUCAAGAAAAUGGGACUUCAGCCGCACGUGGAGGGAGGGUACUUCGUCGAAACCGACCGAGACACACUUCGCGUUCCGAACCCAUUCGUCGACGAGAAGGAGUCUUCUGAUCCCACCAGAAGCGCCAGCACGUCCAUCUUCUACCUGCUCACGCCUAAGUCCCCUUUUGGCGCCUUCCACCGUAACAAGGGACGUACCGUCCACACCUUGCACAAGGGCAGAGGCCGAUACGUGCUGAUCCACGCCGACGAAGUCGCUUCUCCCAGCUCUCCUGGAGGCUACGGUGACGAGAGCCUGUCUGAGAGCCAGAGGUGGACCGGCAAGAAAGCUCGGGUCGAGACGUUCAUCGUCGGUCAAAACGUCCUUGCCGGAGAGCGUCUGCAGUGGAUCGUUGACGGCGGCAAGUACAAGUGCUCUUUCUUGCUUCCGGAUGAGGGCUCCAGCAACAGCGAGGGACUCUUGAUCAGCGAGACUGUUGUGCCGGGGUUUGAGUACUCGGAUCAUGACUUCAUGAAAGCUGAGAGGAUGGAUGCGCUCGUCACCAAGGAGCAGGCCGAGGAGAUGAACUGGAUGUUGAGGAAGGCCUGA